AUGGAAUGUGGCAGUCGCCCCUCUCUGCUCUUCAGUUUCCCCUCCCUGCUUCUCCUGGUGCAGCUGCCCACGUGGGGCUCUGCAGAUGUGUUCCAGGUGAUUGGCCCCACUGACCCCAUAGUGGCAGUGUUGGGUGGUGAUGCCAUUCUGCCCUGCUCCCUGUGGCCACCCAUGAAUGCAGAAGACAUGGAGCUGCGGUGGUUCCGGUCUAAGUUCUUAGAAGCAGUGCUCGUCUAUCAGAACGGCCAGGAGCUGGAUGAGGAGCAGCUGCCCCAGUAUGCAGGGCGGACCUUGCUGGUGAGGGGACAUCUUUCCCAAGGCAAGGCUGCUGUGCACAUCCAGAACAUACAGGUUUCAGACAAUGGCAAGUAUACUUGCCUCUUCAAGCAAGGAAUACUAUCUGAUGAAGCCAUUUUAGAACUGCAGGUGGCAGGCCUGGGCUCUGCCCCACAAGUACACAUUGAGGGGCCAGAGAAGGAUGGAGUCCGUGUGGUGUGCAAGGCCUCAGGGUGGUUCCCGAAGCCCCAGGUGCAGUGGAGAGACGUCCGUGGAGAGAAGUUCCUGGAGUUCUCCGAGGCCAACACCCAAGAUGCAGCAGGUUUGUUCAGCGUGGAGUCUGCUCUGGUGGUGAGAGACAACUCUGCAGGGGAUGUGACCUGCUCCAUCCUCAAUCCCAUCCUGGGCCAGGAGAAGGUCAUGGCCAUUCCCAUCCCAGGUGUGGUUGUUCUGGAGUCAGAGCUGUGUCGGAGGAAGGCAGCAUUCCGGGCUGGCUGGAGGAAGGCGCAGCUGUAUGCUGAUUGGCGGAAAGAAGAGUUCCAGGCCUGGUCUGUCACUCUGGAUCCAGCCUCUGCCGAUGCUGACCUUGCCAUUUCUCCUGAAAGCACCACUGUGACCUGGAAUGACAAAAAUUUGGGCUUUUGGGAUCAUUCCAGUGUGUUGGGCCUUGAGGGUAUCACAUCAGGAAGAUGUUACUGGGAGGUGGAGAUCAAGGAUGACUGGAGAAGUCAGUGGGCUCUGGGGGUCUGUCAGAAGCAUGUGGAAAGGUCAGUCUUAAUCAGAGAAUCAUCAGAGAAGGGAUUUUGGGUUUUGGAGUGUGCUUACCAUGAAUAUUAUGCUUGUCCUGACAAAUCAAGUCCUCUAUUCCUUAGGCAGUAUCCCCGCAGUGUUGGGAUCUUCCUGGACUACAGUGAGGGUGAUGUCUCCUUCUAUAACAUGACAGAUGGGUCCCACAUGUUCUCCUUCCCCACAGCUGUGUUCUCUGGACCCCUCCACCCAUACUUCAGGCUUAAUACAGGAGAUGUGACCCUGAGUAUCUGCUCCCCAGUGGGUGGGUCUGAGGGACUUCCUGCGGCCCUGAGCAAUUCUCCUUCUUUAGAGCAGUCUGGGAGGUCCCGAGGGGAGGGGCUGAGCUCAGGCUCUGGUGCUGAGGUUGCUCUCCCAGGGGCUGAGUCUCCAUUACUUUCCUACCCCUCAUAG